AUGUCUGCCACUCUCAACGUUCUGCGAUGGUCCGCCCUCGGUGCCGGUGUCGUCUACGGCUUCGUUCACAACCGAACCCUCUACUCCCAGGCUGAGAAGAAGGUGGCUGAUGCCAAGUUCAAGAAGCAGGAGAAGCUCAUUGAGCAGGCCAAGGCCGAGUGGGCCCGACUCCACCCCGCCCCCGUCGCCUCCACCGGUGUUGUUACCGAUAUCUCUGACGACAAGUUCGACAUUGAAGCCUACCUCAACCACGCUUUCCCCGAGAAGGCCUAA